CGGGAGGGCCCAUCCAUGCCAGGGCUGCACCCAGCAGCGGGCACUAGCAGCAGCAGCGCCAGCGCUCACGACUCCGAUUCUCUUUUCUCCUCCUCAGAUGGAAUUAAAGGGCGAGCGGCGGCAGAGGAGACCAAGGGCGUGAGCCUGCCCGGAGAGAGCGGCGCCGCCGGCCAAGCUGCCGUGAAGCUCUGCGUCUCCUUGCGGGUCCCCCAGACCAUCCCCAUGGACCUGCGGAUUGGACAGCGUCUCGCCAAAUCCGGCCCCGACACUGCCUUGUUGGCCCUGAAGCAGACGCAGCAGCUGCAACACCAACUCUUCCUGGCGAGCUUGCACCAGCAGCAAGUGGAACAGCUCACCUACCCGCACCUGCGGGUGCCGAUGGAGCCACCGCCCCAAGAUUCCGUACCUGGGAAGCAGGAACAGGAGCUGCGGCUGCUGUUGAAUAAAGACAAAAGCAAACGCAGUGCUGUAGCGAGUAUGGUCGUGAAGCAGAAAUUGGCGGAGGUCAUCCUGAAGAAACAGCAGGCCGCUCUGGAAAGGACCAACGCUCCCGUCAUGCCGUACAGGUCUUUUGAGCCGAUGGAACAUGAAGGCGCAGCCAACCCUUUGCUUCCCAGUUUCUUUCCAGCGGUCUCCAACAGCUCUGGGGAUUCUCCAGAGCACUUUCCACUACGGAAAACAGCCUCGGAGCCCAACCUAAAGCUGCGCUAUAAGGUAAAGAAGGCCGGCGAGCGGCGCAAGAACCCGCUGACCCGCAAGGAGAGCGCCCCCCCUUCCUUGAAGAGGCGUCCAGCGGAAGCCAUUGAUUCAUCUCCCAGCAGCAGCAGCACCCCGGUGUCCGGGUGCAGUUCGCCCAAUGACAGCCUGGUGCCUGAACAUGGAACCCUGCCAGCAGCGCCCGGCCUUGCACAGGAGAUGCCACUAGCCCAGCUCCUGAGGAAGCAGGAGAGCUCCUUGGCCCAUUUUGCUCUUCAGACCACUGGCUCCCUCCCAGCUCUCACCCUUGGACUUCCAGCCACGUCUGCGGCAUCUGCCAGGGGGGAUGGAGAUCCCAGGACGCUCUCAGGCCUUGCGCACAAGGUGCCUGUCCUGACCAGCACUCAUGCGCCCGUCUUCCUGCCGACCAGCUUGGAGCAACACGAGCCCGGAAGCCCCCUCUCCUCUCGGCUCCAGCCCGUAAUUAUCUUGGAGCCGCACACUCCUCUGGUGACAGUCCCGGGGCUGGGCACCGUCCCCUUUCACUUCAGCCAUUCGGUGCUUCCCCCAGAGCGACUGCCGAUGUCUACGGUCCACAAGCCCUUGGGACGGACGCGCUCGGAGCCCCUGCCGUCCAGCCCCCGAGCUGUGCAGCAGCAGCUGGUCUACCAGCAGCACCAGGCCCUCUUUCUGGAGCGGCUGAAGCAGCAGACACAGCUGGGCAAGCGCAUGUCCAAGUCCAGCGAGAAGCCUCGGCUACAGCAGAUCCCAUCUUCCGAGGACAUGGAGGCAGAGGCAGGCGGCGAACCCAGUGACCUGCCCCAGGGUCAGGUGGAGCCAUCACCAGCAGGGGGCAGCAGCAGCAGCAAAGAGAGAGAACGGAGCUCUAGGUUGGGUCAGACUCAAGAGGAGCACGUCCUUCAGCAGGCACAGUAUGUCUGGGAACAGCAGCAGCGCCUGCAGCAGCACCAGCUUCUCCGGAGGCAGCCUCCUGCUGACACCCUGCUGAUCCCAGCCGCACGCGGAACCCAUCGGCCGCUCUCCAGGGCUCAUUCGUCGCCCGCCCCAGCCACUGCAUCCCUACCAAGCCAGGACACGUCUUCCAAGUUGAUCCCACCGCCAGUGCAAGAGCAGUCCAACAAGCCACGCUUCACCACAGGGAUCGUGUAUGAUUCUGUCAUGUUGAAACACCAGUGCUCGUGUGGGGACAACAGCAACCACCCUGAGCACGCAGGCCGCAUCCAGAGCAUCUGGUCUCGUCUGCAGGAACGUGGCCUACGCAGCCAGUGUGAGUGUCUCCGGGGGCGCAAGGCCACUUUGGAGGAGCUGCAGUCGGUUCACGCUGAGCGCCAUGUGCUGCUAUACGGCACCAACCCCCUCAGCCGCCUGAAGCUCGACAAUGGGAAACUAGCAGGAAUCCUGUCCCAGCGGAUGUUUGUUAUGCUCCCCUGUGGCGGAGUUGGGGUGGAUAGUGACACCAUCUGGAAUGAGCUGCACUCCAGCAAUGCUGCUCGCUGGGCCGCUGGCAGCGUCACUGAGCUGGCCUUCAAGGUGGCCAGUAGGCAGCUCAAGAACGGCUUUGCUGUCGUACGACCUCCAGGACACCACGCAGACCCUUCGACGGCGAUGGGCUUCUGCUUCUUCAAUUCAGUGGCGAUUGCAGCCAGGCAGCUCCAGCAGAAAGGGAAAAUCAACAAGAUCCUUAUUGUGGACUGGGAUGUUCACCACGGUAAUGGGACGCAGCAAGUGUUCUACCGGGACCCAAAUGUCCUCUAUGUCUCUUUGCACCGCCAUGACGAUGGCAACUUCUUCCCUGGAAGCGGAGCAGCUGAUGAGGUGGGCUCUGGUGCUGGCGAGGGCUUCACCGUCAACGUGGCUUGGACAGGAGGCCUCGACCCACCCAUGGGGGACCCCGAGUACUUGGCUGCUUUCCGGACGGUCGUGAUGCCAGUUGCCCACGAAUUCUUGCCGGACGUGGUGCUGGUGUCUGCAGGUUUUGAUGCAGCUGACGGGCAUCCUCCCCCAUUGGGCGGCUACAAAGUCUCAGCCAAAUGUUUCGGCUACAUGACCAGGCAGCUGAUGAACUUGGCUGGAGGGGCCCUUGUUCUUGCCCUGGAAGGAGGCCAUGAUCUGACUGCCAUCUGUGAUGCUUCAGAAGCCUGCGUCUCUGCCCUGCUGGGCAACGAGCUCGAGCCCCUGCCAGACGAGAUCCUGCAGCAGAAACCCAACGCCAACGCGGUGCGCUCCUUGGAGGCAGUGAUCCGGGUGCAAAGCCAGUACUGGAGCUCUGUGCGGCACUUUGCCCCGACUGUGGGCCGCUCGUUCCUGGAAGCGCAAUGCCACGACACGGAAGAGGUGGAGGCUGUGACGGCACUGGCCUCGCUUUCCGUGAUGGCCGAAAAAAGGAGGCAGGAUGAGCCAAUGGAAGAAGAGCCCAUGAACCAGUGAAGGUGUCUUUUCACACUCCAUCAGGAACACAGCUUUCCUUCGUGGCUUGUUACUCGUGUCACAAUCCCAGUUCCCUCCUGCUACACAGCCCACAUUACCCAAAGCCACAAGGCUGGAAAACUGUCUCCAAGUUCAGGCGGAGGGCUCUGAAGAAGGGGCACGUGGCAGACUCCCUGGGAUUAGUAGCUGCUCCCGGGGGGCUGCUGCAUGUGGAACUCCGCCAUGCAAGCAGCUGAUCCAGAUCUGACAUCCUCUCUGGGGGUGGAUCUCCUUGGGUUGAAAAUCUGACCACCUAGGUGUGCCCAGUGGGACCCAGGAGACUGGAUAUGGACUGCAAAAAACAAACAAACUGGAGGGUUUACUCUGACGUUGGGGUGGUGCCUUUCCCCCUCCAGAACCAAAGCUACUCCGUGGAGAGAUCCUUCUGGGGAGGAACCAGGAUGUAACUGUCCUUCUUCUCUUUUGUAAACAAGACUUUGUCCCCUUAUUCCAGGACGCUCCACCCCGACUCCCAAUCAUCAUGGGAGCCGGGCUUUGCAAAGGGAGAACUUUCAGAAGCAAACAUUUGAUGUCAAACAAGUUGACAGUAUCUUUGAGGAGUGACCCAGCCCAAUUCCUGCUAACCACUGACCCUUUUGGUCUAGGACCCCACCCCACCCUAAUUUGCACUAUAUACAGAUAAUACAGAUACAGACUUUGUCUA